CUUUAUGUUUCUGUGGUUUUCUUUCUUUCUUCUUUUUUUUUUUUCCCCUUGGCAGAUCUUGUGAAAUUAGCAGGGAUCCUGUUGACAUCAUUGGCCGCUUGGUACAUGGGGUACUUACUCAUGGUACUUGUACCCAAAGAGACAGUAACAACAUCUAUUGCUAAUCUUCAAGACAUUGGAAAGAAACCAGUGUUGAGAGCCCCAGACCCAAAAAGGCAGAAGUGUGAUCACAGGUGUCCCUGAUCACCUGGGAACUAUGCCUAUUGGAUUCUUAGUGGUGAUGGCAAAGGAAAGCUGGCUAAAAUUUGUUUUGAGGAUGAGCUGCUUAUAAGCAAGGAGAAGGGUUAUGCUGGAAGAGGUAUAAACAAUGCCAUUGUGAACUAUAAAACAGGAAAAGUUAUAUCAGCAAAAUUUUUUUACAUGUGGCAAGGAGACCACUUGGGAGAGAUAGUGACUUUCAUUACAAAUGCACCAGAAGGGUCCCUCCUUUUGAUGGUGACUCAUGAUGAUGGAAGCACCUGGUAA